GGGAAAUCGCUGCUCUAUUUAUAUCCCCGAAUUCAGCUGCAAAUUUCAAGGAAUAACUUCGGGAUGUUAACUUUAUGUCCUUCAGGUUGAAGCUUAUCUCUUUCUAUCUGUCGUUAUCUGUGUAACUCUGCUUUCCAUCACUGCGGUUUUGCAAUUGAUAGCUGAAAUUAAAUGGGAUCGUGAGUAUAAAGGUCUCCUGGCCUUUGUGGUUUAAGAGGAAGGAAGAAAAAGAAGAAGAGUUUCAGAAAUGGGAGUUGAGGACUUGUUUUUUAACAAGUUGAUGGUUAGCAGCAAUAGCUGUUAUGGAGGAAGAGGAGGAGGGGAAGAAAUGAUCAAGGAGUGGAAGGACAUACCGGCGGAGUUGCUGUUGAGGAUUGUAUCUCUGCUGGAUGAUCGUACCGUUAUUGUGGCUUCUGGUGUUUGCACUGGCUGGAGAGAUGCCAUUUCUUGGGGUCUUACCCAGCUUUCCCUUUCUUGGUGCAAAAAGAAGAUGAACCAGUUGGUACUAUCACUAGUGUGCAAGUUCACAAACCUGAGGGUUCUGGUUCUUCGACAAGGUUUCCCUCAACUUCAAGAUAAUGCGGUUGAGGCGAUUUCAAACUGUUGUCAUGAAUUGCAGGACUUGGAUCUCAGCAAGAGCUUUAAGCUGACGGACCGCUCCCUAUAUGCUCUUGCCCAAGGCUGCCCUAACCUCACAAAGCUAAACAUAAGCGGGUGCUCGGCUUUCAAUGACAGUGCCAUUGCAUACCUUUCUGAGCAUUGUAGGAAGCUUGAGGUCUUUAAUCUCUGUGGCUGUGUUAGGGGUGCUACUGAUAAGGCCCUCAAGGCAAUUGGGUAUUUCUGCAACCGGCUGCGGUCGGUGAACUUGGGGUGGUGUGAUGAGAUUAGCGACGAAGGCGUGAUGAGCCUGGCAUACGGUUGCCCUGACCUGAGGGCGCUUGACUUGUGUGGAUGUGUCCUAAUAACAGAUGAGAGUGUGAUUGCACUCGCAAAUAACUGCCCUCACCUCAGAUCACUCGGCCUCUACUACUGCCAGAACAUAACCGACAGGGCCAUGUACUCUCUCGCUCACAAGCACGAGAUUUGGCCAUCCAUGAAAAAGAAGAAGAGCGGCAGAAAGAACGCGGGGGAGGAGGGGCUUAUGAAUCUGAACAUCAGCCAGUGCACGGCCCUCACCCCGCCAGCAGUUCAGGCAGUUUGUGACUCCUCACCUGCCCUCCACACCUGCCCGGGCCGUCAUUCCCUCAUCAUUAGCGGCUGUUUGAAUCUGACUUCUGUGCACUGUGCGUGUGCGGUCCAAGCACACCGAGCUCACACAGUGUUUCCUCAUACGGCUCAUGGAGUAUAACUUACUGAUUACUGGCGGGUUCCAAAGAAUGUUUAUAUGUGUAUAGCUGCUAGUCUCUUGUAGGAACGAACAACUUGAGUUUACUCUUGGUUGAUGGACAUUAUCGUUCUGCUAAUAGACCCUUGGUGCUAUUAAUUAAUUAUGCAUUUAUUAUUUUACGAAUGAUAAAA